AUGUCGAACUUGAUUUUUCGCUUAUAUCGCUUCAUACCGAAUCUAACCGCACCUAUCGCUUUGCUAUCGAUACAAUCUACUCGACUAGAGUUUACAGAUGUUUAUACUUCGUUGCAUCCUGCUUUUAGAGAAAUACCACUAAUUGAUGAACAAAAAGCUUUUGAGCCCAUUUUUGGUUGCACUGCCAAGCUACACGUUAAAGGAAUCGCUGAGUACGACCACAAGCAGACUGUAAGUGCAGCCAGUGAAUUCAGCAUUAAUGUAUCAAUCUUAAAGUGUGGCUUUGUAUUCAAUGUAGUGGUAGUGGAAGUGACAACAAAAACUGGUGAUUCGCUCGAGUUCGAAGGUACUACAGUAGCCGCUUUGUCGACGCCAGCAGAUGAACUUAAAGCUGGCAACUCAAGUGUGUUACUCGAGCGUUUGCGUGCUAGUGAUAAGCUGCAUUAUAUACUGGAUGACGAAAAUAAAUUGAAAGAAUGGACUGGCGAGCUUCCAAUCUUCGAGUCUAAACACCUGUCGCUCUUUAGACCCUUUCCAGCUGUCGAGGCCUGGUGA